UAGCUUAACCACUUUUCUUUUGAUUUAACAGCAUGUCAAUAAGAAAAGUUAGCUCUACCCAAGUAAACAAAUAGCAGAAAAUGCAGGCUUUGACAUAUUCACGUCAUUGACAGCUUCUUUCAAUAAAUAAAUAAAUAAACAGCAUUAGUUUUAAAUGAGCAGCUUUCAAAUGGUAAAAGCACAGUGUACAUUGAUGUACUAGUUUCCCUUCCUCUACAUAAUGAGCCCUUAUAAACCCCCUUGUAAACCCCCUUAUUAAACCCUCUGUCUGCUGUAGACUGAAGCUCCUGUUGUUCUGUUCAGUUCAGAUGCAUGUGGCUUGAGGAAAACUAUAUUCAUAUUCCCCAUAAUCUUCAUCAUACUUGCAGUGAGAGAGAGAUGGACUUUCUGAUGCUGAACUCGCUUUCUCUCUCUCUCAUUGUGUGUGUGUGUGUCUAUGUCUGUGUCUGUGUGUGGGUUUAUUUGUUCAGAAAACGGUGAUGAAAGCAGCAGUGAUGAAUCCGCUCAAAGUCCAGGAGCAGAGAAAUGUUGUUUGGCAUCAGAUCUAAUGAAGCUUUGUGGAGAGACCAAAGCCAGAAAUAAGGCUCGCAGGAGAACCACCACCCAGAUGGAGCUGCUGUAUGCCCACUCUGGAGACCCCGAUGCCCCUCCGGAGGAUUUCUCUUCUCCUCUGCUGCCUGUGGUGGAGAGUCCUGAGGGAAAUAAAGAACUGACACCUGCUCCCUACUCAGGGGACAGAGAGCCAGUAACCAAGAUUAAUGCUGUCUCCAGCGCCAGAUCUCCUACAGCUACUGAAAGAAAGUCUCUGGACCGCUCGCCUCUCACCCGCAGAAGAAUGCAGGAGCGGAGCCAGAACCACACAGACAGAUCCAGAACUCUGGACAAACCAGGUGUGGCAAGCCCAGCUUUGGCAGCCCGUUCCAGUCGCGCCGCCAGACUGCAGUGUGUGCACGUGGCAGAGGGUCACACGAAACCCCUGCUGUGCUUGGACUCAACCGAUGAUCUGCUCUUCACCGGCUCAAAGGACCGCACGUGUAAGGUGUGGAACCUGGUUACGGGUCAGGAGAUCAUGUCUCUUGGAGAUCACCCCAGCAGUGUGGUGUCUGUCCGAUACUGCUCCAGCCUGGUCUUCACUGUCUCCACCGCUUACGUCAAAGUGUGGGACAUCCGUGACUCCGCCAAAUGCAUCCGCACCCUCACUUCUUCUGGACAGGUGUCUCAAGGUGACGCAUGCGGGGGCAGUGCUGUAGCCAUCCCACCAGGAGAAAACCAGAUCAAUCAGAUCGCCCUCAAUCCUUCUGGAACAUUCCUUUACGCUGCGUCAGGCAACACAGUCAGGAUGUGGGACUUGAGGAGGUUUGUGUCCACCGGGAAACUGACCGGCCAUCUGGGCCCGGUAAUGUGUCUGACAGUAGACCAGAUGGGCAAGGGUCAAGAUGUGGUCAUAACAGGCUCAAAGGAUCACACCGUGAAGAUGUUUGACGUGCUGGAAGGAGCUCAAGGCAGCAUCAGCGCCGCUCAUCAUUUUGACCCAGCUCAUCAGGACGGGCUGGAGGCUGUGGCCACGCAGGGCGACUCUCUGUUCACUGCUGCCAGAGACUCCUGCAUUAAAAAAUGGGACCUAGCCAGCAAACAGAUGCAAGAGCAGGUGGAGAGGGCUCACUGUGACCCGCUGAGCUCCCUGGCCGUGGUUCCUGGCUCCAGUGCGGUGGUGACCGGCUGCAAAGGCGGACUGCUCAAAUUCUGGCACACGCACACGCUCAGAGCUCUGGGAGAAGUAAGAGGUCACGAAAGCUCCGUCAAUGACGUCUGCACCAACAGCAGUCAGCUCUUUACUGCCUCAGAUGACCGGACAGUGAAGAUCUGGCAGGUGAAAGGCUGUUUAGAGGACGGUCUCCAGUGAAGAGUUUGAAGCUCCUCCACUAAUGUGAAUCCGAGACUGAGAGGAGACCCUCAGCUGUGUGUUCGCUCCUCUGCAGUCUUCAAGUGCCCCAUUGGCUGUUGCUGACCAAUAAACGAGAGAUGCUGGAGCUCAACAAGUGUUGGUUCACAAAUCUGGCACAGUCCUAAAGCUGGCCUUUGGGCAUCAAGCACGUGUGUGUGCGAGUGUGUGUGUGUGUGUGUGUGUGUGUGUGUGUGCGAGUGUGUGUGUGUGUGUGUGUGUGUGUGUGAGCGCCAUGUUGACUGGACUGAACCCGAAUGCUCUUAAAUUAUUUCUUAAUAUUGAUGUCAACUCUUUCCAGUGUUUGUUGACCAAAGCUAGACCUCUGUGUGUGUGUGUGUUGGGAAUGUGUGUGUGUCCAAUGGAACUUUCAACACUGAUCAUUUACACUGGAAUGGUACAAUAUUUGCACCGGCGUCUCUGUCUAUUUGUGUUCGACCUCUUUUAUAUAUAUAUAUAUAAGGCUUGUUUGUUUCUUAUUUUCUGGUUGAAGCUCUUGGAGUUUGCUGUACACACACCUCCCCUCUGUACUGUAGGACUUAUCAGAUGUCAGAUGCAGAGUGAAAUAAACUACAUCUGUCAAAUGUG